GGCGGAGGAGAUCGACACGUCGGAGAGCCCGGGAGUGGUGUCGUACAUGAGGACUCCGGUGGAGGCCGUGGCCACUCCCAGGCUGCCUUCAGAACUCUACAAACGUGUGCCGGUGGACAUGUAAUACUUCUGAUCUGUUUUUCUUUUUCGUUUGUUUUCUUUUUGUAUGAACUUUGUUCUUUCUGAGUUUUGAAGUUGCGAAGAUGGGGUUAUGGUGGUGGUAGUGAGGUUGAAGAAGAGGAGAAAAAUAAGGGAUGGAUUUGUGUUUUUGGAUAAUUGGUGCCUUUGUAAAUCUCAAGUGAAUUCAAUCAAACACGACGAAUAGAUUGUUUUUAUGUGCGCAGCUGUAA